AUGGCCGACAGAUCCACAGACGAUGGGCAGCCGCUCGUAUCCUCAACGACGUCAACCACCACCUCAGGCCCACAUACAACGACAACAACGACCAGCUAUCCGGCUGGGCCGGGCCAUGUCACUACUCACGGUCCCAGCUCCACUACCAUCACUCAUCCUACAAUAACAACCACCACGCACGCACCAUCCCAGCACCAAGCAGUUCAACCCCAGGUACCUGCGUCUACGGCUGCGCCCAUCACUCGAACACGCACUGGCUCUAUUCGCAUAAGGCGACCUUCUUCGGGCCGUGACAUUCCCAUUGCGGCCCCUGCACCAGCUGCUCACCCGUUGCAGACGAUCCCUCAGGCCCAGCCACCAUUGAUCUCUCCACGACCUACUCCAGUCAAAGAAAACAGCUGGCAGGGACAGGGCAACCGUAGAAGAAGCAGCUCCGAACCUCAGCGUCCCCCUGUAGCAUUACUUGAAGCUGAGCACGAAUUGAGACAUCAUCCUACAGCCACAAUGCCAUUGCAGCCAUUAUACGAAGACGAAUCGCAGACCGGUGCCAAUGUGGGCGCAGGGCCGCCGCCUACCAGAGGUGAUAGUAAAAGGAAGAGGCCAGGCAUGAACCGGAUGACAUCGGCCAUCAAUCUGCGUCGCAGAGACCAUCAGCAACGUGAUCAUGAAAUCGACAACGACAUGGUUGACAUGCUCGACGUCAUUGAUCCGGAGGUUUCUGCAUUGACAACCUUGAAUAACCUUCAAAAUUCACUAUUUCUGCCCAACGUACCAUGGCUCUACAAUCGCCAACCUACCUACGAUCUUAUGCAAUCAGCAUCAGAGUCCUCGGAUGAAGAGGCAGGUACGCGACGUGGAAGCCAAACUGACAGAUUAGCCGAAAUGACUCAACCUGGAGAACACGAACAAGCAUCCCGUGGGGAGCUUCGUCGAACUGACACGAUCGAUUCGACAUUGUCCACCCUGGAAGAGGGUCCGGGCCACCAUUUCGCGGUCCUUCCACACGGCGCCUCACUUCCUGGCUGGAGUCAGGAAGAGAAGGACGCUCUAGAUGAUCACGUACGACAUUUGCUACAUUCGCGCCGAGCAAAAUUCAAGCGUAGUAUGCGCGGGUUUGGUCGAUACUGCCGUAACCCCCUCGGGCUCCUGGUCACCGUCUACUUCUUCUUGAUCACUUUCUGGGGGGCUGCAUGGGUCCUCUUCCUUAUCGGUUGGAUAUCCGUUGCUGGUCGACAGGCAUACUUCGUCGAGAUCUGUGAUCAGAUUUUGACUGCCCUAUUUUGUGUUGUCGGCAUCACCAUGUUCCCGUUCCGACUUUACGAUACCUACCACAUGUCGUUCGUUGCUUUAUACGCUCACAAGACGUGGCGGCUUCGCAAAGAGCGUGGACUAAAGAAACUGAAAGAUCAUAACGAGCUGCCUGCAAUGCCACCUCAGUCGACGCCAUAUGACACUGCGGAGGAAAUCGAAGAGGAAGUGCGUAUCGAAGCACCCGUCCUGAAUGACGAAGAACAGAAGAAACUCGAGUAUCAUCAAGGCAAGCUGGCCAAGUCGCAUACCUUCUACCGACCGCACGAGACCUAUACCCAUCACGCGUUCUCCAUUCGACUGCUCAUCACUAUCAUCGUUUUGCUGGAUUGUCAUUCAAUGUUUCAAAUUGCGCUUGGCGGAACAACCUGGGGUAUUUAUUACAAGGUGCGACCAAAGGCACUUACAGCUGUCAUUCUUGCAUGCAGUCUUACAUGUAACAUCGUCUCGGGUAUCAUCAUUGGUAUCGGCGAUAAACGCAGCCGCAAGACACUCGUAGUCGAGCAGAUGAUGCGACAGGGUCUUACUGAAGAGGCUUUGAAGAAGUUGAGGAAGGAGCGUGGUCUCAAGGCCAGAGGCUUGCCCACCAAGGAGAAGAAAAAGCAGAUACAAAAGGACAUUGGCGAGAAGAAGAAGAACCCUCUGGAUACUAUUCUUCACCGAGGGUAG